UUGUGCGCCUCUUCCUGUUCGCGCAGCCGCCGGCCGCUUUGCCUUCUCAACGCAUCUUCGCGCGCGCUCCUAUGGGCCGGCCGCCGGGCCGAUAUGCAAAUUGCGGAGGGCGGGCGACCAACGGGGAGGCGAGGGCCCGCCACGUCGCGCGGCGAUUGGCUGGCGUCGCGGGCGGCCGGCGAGGCAGUCGCGUUCGGGUGCCCCCUGGCGGCGGAGGAGCCUGCUGAGGGAGGCGGCAUGUGCGGCGGGCGGAGCCGCCGGGGUGGCGGCAGCAACGGCGGCAGCGGGGCGGGGCCGCUGCCGGGCUGACGAGCCAGGAAGCAGCCCGAGAUGGUGGGGGCCGGCGGGCCACCGCCGCCGCCACCGGCCGCUCUCCUCCUCCUCCUCCUCCCGCCGCUGCUGCUGCUGUUGCCGCCGCCUCCCGCGGCCGAGGGGGCCGCCGGCCUGGCGGAGAGCGUGAUCUGGGCCGUCAACGCGGGCGGCGAGGCCCAUGUGGACGUCCACGGCAUCCACUUCCGCAAGGAUCCCCUCGAGGGCCGGGUAGGCCGAGCCUCCGACUAUGGCAUGAAACUGCCCAUCCUGCGGUCCAACCCGGACGACCAGGUCCUGUACCAGACGGAACGCUACAACGAGGAGACCUUCGGCUAUGAGGUGCCCAUCAAGGAGGAGGGCGAUUACGUGCUUGUGCUGAAGUUUGCCGAAGUCUAUUUUGCCCAGUCUCAGCAGAAGGUUUUUGAUGUGCGCUUGAACGGCCAUGUGGUGGUGAAGGACCUGGACAUCUUUGACCGGGUCGGACACAGCACAGCCCAUGAUGAGAUUAUUCCCAUCAGCAUCAAGAAGGGCAAGCUGAGCGUUCAGGGAGAGGUGUCGACCUUCACUGGGAAGCUCCACAUUGAGUUUGUCAAGGGGUAUUAUGAUAAUCCAAAAGUCUGUGCACUAUAUGUCCUCCGGGGAACAGUAGAUGAUGUUCCAAAGUUGCAGCCCCACCCAGGCCUGGAAAAAAAAGAGGAGGAGGAAGACGAAGAGGAGUACGAAGAAGGCUCCAGCACGAAAAAGCCGCCCAAUAAGAACCGGGUCCAGUCGGGGCCCCGCACACCAAACCCUUAUGCCUCGGACAACAGCAGCCUCAUGUUCCCCAUACUAGUGGCCUUUGGGGUCUUCAUUCCUACCCUCUUCUGCCUGUGCAGGUUAUGAAGGACAAGACAGGAAGGCUGGCUGCCGGCCAGAGGGGAGGAGUGAGACCCAAUGCGACGGCUCUUUCCAUUCCUCCAUGUUUCUCAUAAAGUAAAAGUUUGAGGAGCAGCAGGUACAAUAAAGGGAGCAUUUCCCUUGCCCUCUUGGGGGAAGGCCCCCUAACCCACUCAGCAACAGCAGCGAGGCGUUGGGUCUUCUCCCCCUCCCCCCCACCGGUCCCACUCUGUGCGUUGCCUUGAUGCUAAACCUGGAUGCUUCUGGCUGUCCGGUGCUGAUGAACUCUCUCUCCCCCCACCCCCCGGAAAGCAAGACGGAACCGGAGAGGGUGGGGAGCAAAGCGGGGUGGGCAAAUCUCCAAGCCCUGUUGGCUUCAAGGAGCAGACUUUGCUGUGGAACAUCCUUGGCAAGAAUCAUCCUUGCGAUGUGCUGAGACUGUCUGCUGGGACGUUUGUAACGAAACAUGCGGUACUUCCUUCUUUUUCUGGGCACGAUCAAGCUCGCCCUCUGGUUGGUCUCUGUCCGGGUGGGGUGGGGGCCUUUUGGAGUCUGGUGACUAGAGCCGGAAGAGCGAGUCAGCCUGGCUCAGUGGCCCUGGCUGGGGGACAUGGCCUCUCCUCGGGCACUGUAGCUGAGCUUCGAGCAAGCAGUUCCCUUUGCCGUCAUGCCAUCUCUGACACAGAUGCCUUUGUUUGUCUUGGGGAGAUCGCCCCCCCCCAUCACGUGCUGCUUUAAUUUCCCUCUGUAGUUCCCUCCCCUCCAAUCGUGCUUUCACUCUUUGGACCCAUCCCCUCCCUUGUGCCAUAUCAUCACAAGGAACCCCUGAGAGGGAAGGUCCAGAACCCCAGCGGAGGGUUUAGGUAGGAGAGAAGCCUCUUCGGUUUUCUCCGGGGGCUCUUUGGGCUCCCUCUUUCCGGGAGACCUGCCCCUCCCUGAGCUGAAGACGGUGUCUUUUUCUUUGACUCUAAGAGCUCCAGGGCAGAGAGACCUCAGAUGCAGCUUCGGAGUUUGGGUUUCCCCCAUGGACUUCCAGCGCCCAAGUGUUGAAAGGUCCACGGCCCAGUCUCUGCUGAGGGCCUGAUGCCUGUCAGUUUCAUUCGUGGUUCUAGCCACCCGUUUCUGGCUUUGAUCUGGGAAUGAUCUCGGCCUCGGAACACCGAGAGGCAGGGCGGCCUAAUGUGAAGCAGCCCUUAACGAACGGAGUGCACCGCCCUCAAAACGGCAAAUUGGAACAAUGCCAGUAGAAUAUCUAGACUGCACCGAAGAAAGGAGGAGGUCAGGUUGGUGGCGAGGAGGUAGCCGGUUAGGGGUGCUAGUUGUCUUGGCGAAUGCUUUGACCCGGACGACUCGCCGCCUUCCGAAGCUCUCUUGCUGCCGAGGCCUGUCCCCAUUCUUCCCAGUGGAAACUGGAGGGGGACAUUCCGAACCGAUGCAGUGCGUUUCUGUGGCUUCUUGGCCCUGCCAUGGCUGUAACUAGCGUCUGGUUUGGAGUCGAGCUUCUCGCCUACUUUCACAGCAGGGAGAGGAGAGGGUUGAGUUGGCUACCCUUGCAAAUCGGGGUAUUCAGUGGGGCUCAGCUCUUGGCUGGGCUGAGGUUGGAGUUCCAUCCCGCCUUUUCCUUUGAGGGUGCCUCUUCAUUUUCAUGCCUGGCCCACCAGCAAGGCUGGUCGUGUCACUCCAUCCAGUGUCCCCCUCGACCAGGGAUUCCCAGCUGUUGCUGACUACAGCUCCCAGAGUCGCCAGCUUUAAUGGCUUUUGCUUGGGGAUUCUGGGAGUUGUAGUCGUCAACAGCUGGGAAUCCCUGGUCGAGGGGACACUGACUCCAUCCUGGAGGGCUGAUCCAAACGUGGGCUGUCUUGUACUCUUCCCUGGACCCUUAUUUUUUUUGCCAGUGAUGCGCUUCCUGGCACGUUCCUAUGUGCUUGGAAAAGUGCAGUUCAGUGGUACUAAGGUCGGCAGUUUUUUGCUUCUCAUCACUGCUCUGCUGCUAUUGGGGGGCGGGCGGGGGUGGGGGGAAUCCAGAUUUGGGAUCCCGCAAGGCAUGCUUUGCACACUCUUCAGAAUGCCAAAAGCACUGGAGACUUCUUUGACUACCCCGGGGCUAGAGGAAACCUUGGCUCCCCAACGGUUGUUGAACCGCAACUCCCAUCCUCCCCAGUCGCAAUAAACCGCCGCUGGGGAAUGAUGGGAGUUGUAGUUGCUGUCAAAGCCAAAGUUGCCCACCCCUCUUCUAACUCAUCCUGUGCUGACAUGUGGAGAUGUUGUGAAUCUGAGGCUCCCUCUUGAUUUCUUCCCAGGUGGAAACCUGGGUGGAGAAGAUCAUCCGGGUGGGGCCUUUGUUUCCCAUUUGCAUUAAAUGCAGAGAGAGAUGCACCCCACCAUAAGGCAGUAAUCAUACUGCAUUCCUCCACCUCACUUGGUUACUUCUUAAGGAACGUCUAGCGAGGUUCAGCUUCCUGCGGGGCAUUUGGCUCCCAAGUGAACUCUGCUUUUUUGAUUAAACAGGAAAGGACGUCCCUUUCUUGUUGCUUGAAUGGCAGCCAGCCUGGCUGUCUUUGUUCUUGGGUGGCUGAGCAGACUCCAGCACAUCCCAGGAGGAAAUUGGGUGCCCCUCCUUGGCUUGGAGGCUGGGUGCACCACUCUGGCAUUGCCACGAUUGCUCUGGUCCCUCCACCUUCCCGUUCUCCUCCGGACCGUAGCCCUUGCUUGGUGGAACGAGACGUGCCAUCCUCCCCAAGCCCCCGAUCCGUGGGGGCUUGGGUCGGGAAGCCACCCAGCCUGGCUGUCUUUGUUCCCUCUGUGCAGCAAGUCGGAGGUACGUGAGCUCUAGAGGUACGUAGCUGUGGGCAAAAGGCAAUUGGCUCUGUCUCUGUCCGGCUCCAUGGAUUGGGGCCCUCCGCCUUUCAGUGGCGGCCUUUCCGGUGCUGCUUCUGGCUUGUCGUUGGUCGCAAAACGGAAUGGCCGGCACGUGGCCCAGACCGCCCAGUGGUUCCCUGUCGAAUUGCCAGGAUCCUUCCUAAGCCUCUGCUUUCCACGGAAGGGUGCGAGGCAGGGAAUGGUUCUGCCAGCGUAACCUCUUCUGGAACGAGGCGACAGCGUGGGGGAAUGCUGCAUCCAUCCCACCCCAGACUGCAGCUGUUCGAGGUGGAGGCUUGGAAAUCGGGUCCCUUCACCCCCCCUCUCUCCAGGCCUGUUGUCUUCCCUGCCCUGAGGAGGCCAGGCUUUUCUGGCCGUAUCCCUGAAAGAUGCCAGGCUUCCAUCUCCCUCCUUCCAAAUGGCCGGUGGCCUCGGAAGUGAUGACAGAUCAGGUGCUGUGAGGCAGGCUUUGGCCCCGCAAGUGUGUGGGCCGGACUGAGCACAAGUGUCGUAUCUGUUACCAAAGCAUAUAUGUGGGGAUGGCGAAGGCAGAAAUACAGGCCCACGCGGCAGGAAAUACUGUGGAAAUACUGUAAUUCAAUUAAGAUGGGCAUAGACUUAAUGGUGGCUAACUUCUUCUGUGUGUGCGUCCUGAGCUCCAGUCACGGUAUAGCAAAUGCUUUGGGUGCGAGACCAUCUCUCCCCUAACUUACCCCCCUUCUUCUUCUUCUUUAAUUUGGCUGCCUUUUGUGCCCUCCCUUCUUCCUCUAGAGCACGGUUGUGCAACUUUGGCCCUCCUGCAGAUGUUGGAUCGCAACUCCUGUCAGCCCGGACGGUUGGCGGCUGUGGCUGAGGGGACUCCCACAGAAGCUGGAGGGCCAAAGCGGGACAGAGUUUGUAUACAGAAGUGGGUUGCCUCACUAAGAAGAAGGGUUGCAGGGGGAGCUUGGAGGCAUGCCGAAGUCGAAUCUGUGCCUUUUUCUGUUUUUCAGGUGGGUGACACAAGGUUUUGCUGAUAAAUAAGCUUAAUUUGUUUUGGGGUUUUUUAGGAUCUUCUGUCUCCUCCCCCCUCCCCCCCAAACAAAAAAUGUGCAUUGCGUGCCGUGGAGGGGAGCUGUCGUUUUUGAGCCGGCUGUUUUCCCCCAUCUGCGGGCAACAGGGAAGCUCAGACUUUGCCUCCUUGCUCUGUGCUGAAAUGUCGCGGUGAAAGCCGCUUGAGCCACAGUGCUCGAAAAAGUGGGAGAGCCCAGCUGGGUCCGCACCACCACCACCACCACCCCCCGCAAACAGAUCAGACCUGAGCUCUAGAAUAGAGGCUUCUCUCUUUCGCCCCUCCGCUUGUCUGUCUGGAGACAUCGGUCAGACCUGAAAGCUCCCUGCUUGCAGAAGCAGUGCUUGCCUCUUUCCGGUCUGUGUGCCAGCAUUUGGAGCCCUCUGACCCACAAUUUGGACUUCACCGCAUCUGGCCACCUGUAAUUGCCUGCUUACUCAGUGAGUGUUGACCCCCCCACCCCAGGGAUCUCUGACUGUUCUUUUGCUGGGGUCUUGGGCUGCCUAGUAGGGUUCAGGCAGAAGGGUUGCAGAGCAGAAGGCAGACUGGCAGCUCAUCUCCUGCCUCUUGAGUGAUUUUGAUCUCCAUGUCGAGCACCCCAUGUUGUAUCAGCUGCUGCCCCUUCCCAUGAUCCUGCAUUGGCUUUGACUGUUGUCCUGGCGGUGGCCAGAGCCGUGGUUGCCAACCUGGGUUCCUCCAGAUGUUGGACUACAACUCCCAGCAUUCCCAGUGACAGUUUAUUACGGGUGGGGGUGCUGGGAGGUGUAGUUCAGCAACAUCUGGAGGAACCCAAGUUGGGAACCACUGGGCGCCGGGAUUCUCAACGUUGGGUCCCCAGAUUGUAUUGGACUUCAGCUUCCAUAAUCCUCAAACAAAGGCCACUGGGGCUAGGGAUUAUGGGAACUGAAGUCCAGUAACAUCUGGGGACUCAAUGUUGAGGAUAACUGCGUGCGCUCAUUGUGGAGCACAGUCUCUGGGACACUUCUGGGGCAGGAGCUUGUUUCAGUAUUUUCCACGGUCCUGCAGUUUAGGGAUUUAUUCAUGUGAUGGAGCUGAAAGAGAAUCCUCGGUAGCUCUCCAGUGCAGCCAGAAUUUGGGCUUCCUGGAAACAAGAGAGGAAGCUACUGGGUCAAGAGCAGUGUUCCCUCCAACAGGGGUUCCCAGAUGUGGUUGACGACAACUCCCAGAAUCCCCAAGCAAAAGCCAUUGCAGCUGGGGAUUCUGGGAGUUGUAGUCAUCAGCACCUGGGAAUCCCUGUUAGAGGGGACACUGCUCAAGAGGCAUGGUUUAGACCCGGCUGGCCAACCUGAGGCUCUCCCAACUGGUGCUGAACUACAAAUUCCAUCAUCCUCAGCUGCCGUUGUGGCCGGGAGGUGACAGCAGUUCAUAGGCCAGCAACCAUGGGAGGGCCUCGGGUUGGUCACCCCUGUUUUAGAAAAUCCUAAAGAGACAAAGGAAGCCCCAGAGUUUCUGAAGUUGGUCAUCUGGGUGGGGAAAGAGAGUUGUCCACCAGAUAUUCCCAAGGGAGGAAGAGAGAGCAACAAGCCAGAGAGCAAAGGCCGAAUGGGGGUCGGAGUUGACACCGAUCCAAACUUCCUGCUUCCUCAGAGGGCAGCAGAACAGUGGCGCUUGCAAACUUUCUUCCCUAGGGAGCGGGGAAAGAGGAAGUUUUAGUCAAGAGGUAUUGUGCUUUGGGUCCCCUGCUUCCGGAUCUUCGCCACGGGCAAAUGUUGUGUGUGCUUGAAUGUCGCCAGCACAUCACAAGGACAAGCAACUCCCCUUGAUUUGCCCAGAGAGAUCAGACCUCCCAGAUCUUGACCUGUAUAUUAUGGUUUGAAAGGCGGCAGAGAUGCAUUCACAGCGGGCUGCACUGGUCAUCAAGAAUCCUUAUUGUCUAUAGGACACUUCCUUUGUCCUCCGGCUAAGUGCUUUAUUUUAACUAUAAAGUGCAUGAUCAGAUAUGUUGACUAUUUUGCAAAGGUAUCUGGACGUGCAAGAGGGAAACUGUGUAAGCAGACCUGCACUUCCCUGCAGGCUGCGCUCGGGAGGCCAAAGUUUUGCCAAGGCCUAGCAAACGGGAAAUCCCCCAAAUUCAAAACAAACACCGUCUCAUCCCAGCAGUCGUGGUGCAGGCUGGCCCACUUGCCAGGAUCACUUGCCUCCCUCAACAGAGCUUGCUGGCGCCUUGGUCCUGCCCGCCAUGUUUCCUCACGAUGCUGCCCAGGAAACGUGGUGGCUGAAGGUGGUGUGGAUAGUGCCUCUCGGGUAGGCAGGAAGGAAAAACAAGUUUGCCUCCCAACAUCCAGUGAAUGUUGCAGCUGUUGAGGCAGACAUGGGGCGGGGGGGGGUCUAUGACCCCACCAACCCUACCUGUGCCUGGGAAAAUGAAUGCACAGCCUGGGUUAGAAUGCUGUGAGAGUCCAAGGGUGGGUCUCCAUGCCAAUCUGCGGCCCAGGUCUGUGUGUUGCACUCCUUUGUGUGACUUUUCUCAAACCUAGGGCUCACUUCUUGAGAUGCUCCGUUGUCAAACUGACCCGGGAAGUGACCCCUGGGGGUGCCUUUUUGGGAGUGCCUUCUUGAGACGUUGACUUUCCAUCACGCUCUAGACUUGGGGAUGGGGAGAGUAAUGAAAUCUUCCUCAACUUGAAGGCAGGCAUCAGCUUCUAACUGUUGUGACCCUCUAGUUUUCCGGUGACUGGGCACAUUGCUUCUUGCUGUAAUCGUGGUAAGCGUUGGGUUUUGGGGUCCGUGCCUCUCUUUUGCUAAUGAAGCAUUUGGGAUGCUUUUUGAGGAGCUGGUCUCGGGUGCUUAGGAUAACUGAGAUACACACUUGAAGGUCACAUGCCUACACUGGGUGGGAUUGACUUCCUCACUGGCAGUUCCUCAUCUGCACCUUUUGGAGUUCCUACAUGGUUUUGAAGGAGGAUGGUGUACUUAAUUGUCCUUUGUUUUGUGUCUAAUGAUUUACACCAAUACUUCCUUGGUGUUUGUGUGGUUUCUUUUAAUAUCAAGCUUGGGCAGAGGGUGAAAAGCACAGAUGUCUAUGUCUGAUUGCAUUGGCUUAGCAAAAGGAUUUCUUUUUUUCUCCCCUGGGGAAGUGGAAUGGGUAUGGGUGAGUUCUGGGUUGAUUUAUCUUCUUCCCCCCACCCUGCUCCCUGGAUUUGGUACAUCAAGCUGUUUUGUUUUGUUUGUUUUGGGGGUUUUUUUAAAAAAAAUUGUUGGGUUGUUUUUUUCUUUUCCUUCCAGGAUGUCUGGUUGAGGGAAAUGUUCUGAAAAUCUGCUGCCUGGCAGUUUUAACCAACAGUGUGUUCAAAUAAAUAAACAAAAUUAUAUUGUCA